AGGAGAUGGAGUGCUGCCUUCGAUGUGAACAUGCCCGAUUUUGACGGUCUGUCUAGUGGAGCUGUUGCGAGUUAUAUCAUAAUUUUGGGCUUUGUGGUAGUAAUUGCUGUCGCACUUUUGGCAUUUUUCAUACUAAACAAGCGGAAAGGGAGGCAACGACAGCGAACAGCAGCGCAAAACCUCACCAGAAACCAGUUGGCAGAGAGAUCUUCACCUACGUCUUCAUUGGGAGAUGAAGCACCAACAAUAGUCACCAUAAUCCAACCAUCCACACUGCCCUGCAAUGGCCAGAUUCAGGGGCGACGCUACGUGGAGGAGCACUACAUUUUUCCGACAUAGCAUCAUCUUCGGCACCGUUGUAGUCUUAUAAAUGAUUUCUCAUUUUAAAAUUCGUAAUCUUUUAAAGUUUCUCAUUCUACGUUAUAGGGAUGGUAUUCGAUGUAUGAAAAAAUUGUCCAUAAACUCUUGUU